CUGCAGCCUGUUAACAAGUAAUAUGGCUUUUGGAAUGUACAUGUUUACUACAUCUACCACUGCGAUUUCUGCACGGAUUUCUGUGAUUUCUGCGACUCCUCCAAUUUAUCACCGUAUCAAAAGGUACCUUUGUCCACACAGAAAAUUGCAUCUCAACAAAACUGUCAUUAAUACCCGAACUGCAUUUGUCACUCAGUAUACCGAUAAUUCAAAAAUCAUUGUCAACAUAUCCAGAGAAAUUGCCAUUGCCUCUUUAGACUCUCUUCCUCAGAUGAGGGACCUAGUUCCGACUCUGAUUACUGGUUGCUGUAUGUAUCUAUCCACGUCACUGCUCUUGAGAGAGAAUUGUGAGGAUUCAAGACAACUCUUAGAGGUUUUGCAGUUUAGAGGUGCCAUAAUUAUGAGAUAAGUGUGCAGAAUGAA